AUGGCGUCCUACAUGACAGGCAGUGAGGCGUUUACACGUGAAAAUCAGCAAGCUGUCUCCGAACCACAAUCAGCAUGGGCCGACAAGUAUCGCGGGGCAACCAUUGAGGACCUCGACCCACCCCAAGCCCUUUCUGUCUCCCCCGAAAGCCCUAUCUCCGCCGCUCUCAUGGCCGCCUAUGAACGCGACUACACUCAUCUCACCGUCAUCUCCGCCCAGCGAUCCCUCCUCGGAUACCUGAGCAUCCCCCGACUGAAGGAGCUGAUCCAGACCAGCUCUGUCAAGGACUCCGAUCCCGUAUCUGCUGCCAUGCAGCGCUUCAAUCGCAAGCGCGGCAUCUACAAGGUCAUCACCAUGGAGACACCCCUGGAGGAGUUGGAGCAGUUUUUCGAGAGCGAAACUGGUGCCAAUGGCGAGAAGCGGGAGAAGCACCCAUUCGCCGUGGUCACCGAUGUAUCGCGUAAGUUUGUUCUGGGUGUUGCUACAAAGGCAGACCUGGAAGAGUUUGUGAAGCGACGACCUUGA